AUGAGUUUUUUGAAGAAAAUUCAGAAAAAAGGUCGAGGUAAAAACCAUCGAGAACUAUACUUCAGAGCUGCGGCUCCCUCUCCAACUCUGGAAUGUGCCAAAGACGAAAGUAUCUUCAACAAGAAAGAAACCACAAAGGAAGAAAGUAGAAAAUUGUCGCGUCCGGAAUCCCUAAAAAACUUCCAGGAUGACAACCGCAGUAGAGAUAUUACAAGCAGUGCUGCCUGUUCCAAGGAGGCCACCCCAAAGGUUAUUACUGCUCCACGUGCUCCACUUUCAGAAGCCGUAGGUGACGAUGAGAAAAAGGAAGAAGAGAAGGCCCAUGCCGACACUAAAGGUAAUGGUCCUAAGGCGGAUUCGUGUCGAAGCAACAAAACAAGAUCAGGAUCAAUAACGGUUAACAGAAAAGCUCCACUUCCGCCUACUUCUGACAGGCCUUCCGUAUCACAUCCCAGUCCAUGCCAAUCUGCUCCACCUCGUCGUAUUCCAGUUCGUCCAGCUCCACCGCGUCGACCGCGUCCAGCUCGCCCCCCUCCACCAACUGUAACACAGCGUGGCAAAAAGAGCGGCACUGCAUCCAAUGCAGUUGACAAAGGACCGUGCAGUGUUAAGAAGAAAGCAAACGAGAUUUGCAAAUAUCCAAAGGAACUGAACCCGUUUGCAAAUUGCAACAGUACCACCGAUGAUGACUGUUCGUCGCAGAAGAGCGAGGAGGCAUUCGGUACUAGUCACCAAAGGCAGAGAAAGAGACAAAAAUAUUCUAAAAGGGAAGAAUAUCCGAUGAAAAAAAAUUCAUUGGAUGAUGCUGAUGAGAUGAGCGAGAAGGUCCCCGGUACUCGUCGCCAAAGGCGUAAAGGAAAACAGAAAGAAUCUAAAAGCGAAGAAUAUCUAAUCGAAGGAAGUGACUGUCCAUCCAGUGAUGUUGACGAGAUGAGCGAGAAACCCUCCAGCGCUCGUCGUAAAAGGCGUACAAGAAAACGAAAAGAAUCUAAGAAUGAAGAAUUCUUAAUUGGACAAAAUCCAUCUAAUGAUACCGAUUGGGGAAAAAGCUCUUCGUGUUCAGAUUCAACCGAAACUUCUGACAUGUGGUCUGUUUCUUCAUUGGAAGAUAUUCAGUUUGCGGUGAACACAGCUGCAAUACCAGAGCUAAACGUUAAGAAUGCAGAGCAAGGUUUGGCUGGUAACAAUGAAAAGGACGCACAGAUUAACCGAGAGGAUUCUGGUGACUUAAAAGCCCACUCAUUCCCUUCUUGUAGGGAGGUCUCUUCGGUUAAUGUCCCUUCCACAAAAAAGGGCAACGACUCUGCAAGUAUCAGAUCAACAAACGUCGAUGCUUCGACUGCCAAAGAAUUUAAAGAUGCUGACGAGAAACCAAUUCUCAAGCAAGCAAAAGCUUCGGAGGAGGCUAGUGCCAUGGAAGAGCGCCAGGGUGGAGAUGACUGUGGUAAGUUAUAA